AUGAACUUCAAUAAAAAGCAAAAAGUUGUAAAAUCAAAUACUGAAUCUCAAGAAACCACCGAGUUUUCAAAUAAUGAAAGUAUUGAAACUCAGUCUGAUAAUGAAGAAAGUAAAUCUGAUACUAGUGAAGAUCCAUCCCAAAAUUUUAAAUCUAUUCCAGAUGGAUAUAGACCUUUAUCAAAGACAAGUGCAAGCAAAUUAGGCAGUAAAGUUUGGAAUUACUUUCAACCUUUAGAGCAUAUAGCAACUGGAAAUCGUGGAUCAACAAGAAAUAUGUGGGAUCAUCUUUCAAGUAUACAUGGUAUUACUAAAAAUUCAAAUCUAAAAUCAAAAGAUCAACAAAAAAUUAGUAUUAUGUUUAAAACCUCAGCUACUAAUUUAAAGCGCCAAACAAAACAAAAUCAAUCUUUAGUUGAAUGGAUUAUUGAUAGCGCACAAGCAUUAAGAGUUGUAGAAUCAGAAAAAUUUAAAGUAUUUAUUGCUAACUUGGAUCCUUAUUAUGAACUGCCUACCCUAACAAUUGCACAAUCUAAUGAUCUUCAAACACGAAAAGAAUCAAAACGCCUUCAACAAAUAAUGCUUACUGAUUCUGAAUGGAAUGCAAUUAAAGAAUUAGUAAUUAUUCUUUGUCCAUUCGCUGAAGCAUCAACUUAUUUAGAUGCUAGCAAAUCAUCAAUGAUUGGAUUUAUUAAUCCUACCUUAUCUCAUAUCAAGCAAGAUUUAUAUAAUAAAAAUUCUAUAUUGUAUGAUCUACCGGAUUUAGAAAACUCAGAUAUGGCUUUUGAUAAUGAAAUUGAUGAAGAUAAUGAGUUUGUAAUUUUACAUAAUCAUAAACUAAAUAUUAAUAUUCCACAAGAUUGUGAUAACUUGGGGAAAAAAGUACAAGCUACAUUGUACAAGGCUCUUGAAACAUAUUGGAAUUCUCCAGUUGAUGCUGAUUUAUUACCUACAUUAUUAGACCCACGUCACAAACAACUCAAAUUUGCAGAUUCCUUAGAUCGGAAAUAUGCUGAAAAUACUUUAAAAUGUAUGUAUAAUAAUAAGCACAACCAAAAUUUUCAAGAAACUUCGCAAAUGGCAAGUAUUUUGGAAUCUUAUAGUUUAGAUGAAGAAUUAUCUGCUAAAUCUCUUAGAAAAAAACUUCUUUCUCCACCUCAAAAUAAUAAUAAUGAUGAAGUUAAAAAUUAUCUUCAGCUUAGUGAAAUUGAUUUUAAAGAAUUAUUAAAACUUCAAAAGUAUUACAAAGUUACUAGAUCUGUAGUUAUUAUUAAAUAA